AUUAAACGUUAAAUUUCAUGGAGUGCAAACAAAAUCAAUGUUAACAUACUAAUCCUGUCCCUUAUAACAAUAAGUUCUUUUGCAAACUUUGCGGAAUCCAUAUGCCAUAAGAUGGAAAUGUGGCUAUAAAAUCAGCCAAAUUUUCAUUUCCUGGCUAUAUCAAUCCCAUCUAAAAUCUAAAAAGUCAAUGGAAUAGAUCAGUUCCUGUUGCCCAAUUACCAUAAGAUUACUAAAGAGUAUCAAUAUUAUAAUUAACCAUAGCAACGUAUAUCUUUGAUCGAUUACAUGAUGGAAUGGAGUGAAAAACUUGGUUUGUCUAUUAAUUCUCUCUUCUUAGCUGUUCAAUUCUUAGAUUAUUUUGUAUCAUAAAAAAAGGUAGACCCAAUUCAAUUUAGAUUGUAUGGAGCCACUUGCUUAAUGCUAGCAGGUAAUUCCCAUUCUUAAUUUAAAUAUAGCUAAAUCAAUAGAAUUAGAUGAAAGAAUCCCUUUCAUCAGCAAACUCAGAAGAUAUACUUAUCUACCAUAUGCAACUAUAGAUUUCAGAAAAUGUGAAUGUUAAAUAAUCAAAUAGUUUAACUGGAAUUUAUAAUACACUACUUUAAUAGACUGGGCUGAGACUGUAAUAUCAUUAGGAAUCGUAUACGAAUAAGAUGAGUUAUCCUAAACUGAUGCAGUUUUGAAAGAAAAAGCAACGAAUAUCCCUCAGUCAUAGCAAACUCAAUAAACUAAAUAAGAAAACAUUAAAGAAUAAGUAGAAACCACCCCAAAAAAGUCUACUUCUAUUUCUAGAAAUGUUUAUAAUAAAAUUUAAGAAUAAUUUACUAAACUAUGUUUGACCCUAUUGAAAGAAGGAUCUUACCUAGACAAAGAUCCUUCUGAACUGACUCUAUCUCUAAUAGGAUGUGUUAGAAAAAUAUGUGGUCUAAAAACCCCAUUGUAUAAUUAUUCAAAUAUUUAUAGACCUAAAUGUUUACUAGAAUUAUAUGAAAAUAUCCAACCUAAAUUCCAAGAUUCUAUUGCUGAUUUAAUAUCAAAGCAGACUAAAUAACCAACCUCUGUUGUUGGCAAGGCAUUCACAAACGACCUAGACUUUUUCAGCUUAUAAAAUUACAAAAACCGAGUUCUAUGA